AUGAGAAAAUUUGUGUACAAUCUAUGGCGUCAUGAAAAUCCAGCAGCAGCGUUACUUCAGGAACGUAUUACGCACAAGAAAUCUGUCGUUAUUGAUUAUUCUUCACCCAAUAUUGUUAAACAGUUCCACGUUGGUAACUUCAGAUCUAGCAUUAUUGGCCGUUACAUCAGUGAAAUAAAUCGAACUGCUGGGAAUAAAGUCACUUCCAUCAACUAUAUUGGUGAUUGGGGACUUCAGUUUGCACUUAUCGCUGCACACUGGCCCACGAUGAAACCCGCUUAUGAAGAAUGGUCUCGUUUGACUAAUGAACAGAAAACGUCUCUUUUGGCUAAAUGCUACGUUGAAGCAAACAAACUGGCGGAAGACUCUGCUGGUUUCCGACAGAAAGCUAAUAACAUUCUUUCUAGUAUGGAAAGUGCGUUAUUGAAUGGAGAAAUUAAUGAGCACUUAUUAUUCUGGCAAAAUACACGACGGUUAUCGUAUGAAUACUUACAACAUUUUUAUAGACGCAUCAAUUUUACGAUGGAUGUGGAGUAUUUUGAGUCGGACUUUGUCGCCUCUGCUCAUCAGUUAAUUAAUGGCAUGUUAGAUAAGGGACAAGCAGAAUAUGACGAUGAUGGAGUUGUUGUAGUUCGCGGCAUAAAGGAGUCUAUGCCAAUUGUCAUUAGGAAAUCUAAUAAUACCACUCUUUAUUUAUCGAGAGAUCUAGCAUCAAUUUUGUUACGAGAACAGCUAUACGCAGCCGAUGAGUAUCUAUAUGUGGUCGACCAUUCUCAGCAACAACAUUUCACCAACUUGAAGCAUCUUCUGACUGCUGUAGGGAAGAAAGAUCUCAGCGACAAAGUUCACCAUGUCUCAUUUGGCCGUGUAAAAGGGCUUUCCACAAGACGAGGAAACUCCCAAGUUGUAAGUACAAUAUUGAAUCAGGGAUCUGAACUCGCCAAAUCAUUCAUCUGCAGAUCAAAAACAAUGAAAAUUUGUCCAGAAGAAAUCCCGCAUGUUGCAUAUAAGUUAUCACUCGCAACAAUGAUAGUUGAUGAUCUCAAGAGAGCACGAAAUAGCGAAUACACAUUUUCUUUCGACAAAGCAUAUCAAAUGAAUCAGAAUAAUGCACUCUUAUUACAGACAAAGCACAGCCGUCUAACUUCAAUCGAGAGACGGAAUCAUAUUUUGAUGCAAAAUUUAUUGCAACAAUUUGAAGACGAAUUUGAAACAAAUGAAGCGACUUCGCAGCUUUUGAAACAAUUUAAGGCUUUUCCAGAUGCCCUAUACGACAGCUAUAAUGAAAUGCAACCAUGUCGUCUGGCCGUAUAUUUAUUGCAGUUAGCAAAUCUUGUCGGCGCCGCUUCUUCUGUUCUUCGAGUGUCAGGUGAAGCGCCAAAUAUAGCCCUACCGAGGUUAUUGUUAUUGUCUACAGCUAGGAAAAUUUUGAACAGUGGUAUGCAUUUGCUAGGUGUAGAACCACUGCAAGAGAUGUGA